AUGCUAGAGCCACGUUCAACGAGGUCAAGAACCUCCAGUGCAGCUGAUACUGCUGCCGUUGCCAGCUCGUCCAAGGACAGCAAUCUGAUAACCGAUCUCCAUGCUUCACCUAAGAAACGAUCGCGGAUUGAUGCGCAGCCGAAAUUGCUAUCCAAGGGGCCGAGGGGAAAACACGCCCAAGCCCAAGCCCAAGCAAGGGCAUCCGACCCCGAGCUCCCACCGCUCCUUCCCCCUCACCUCGUCUCGGCAUACACGACGGUGGCGCAUCCAACGCUUCCCUUCUCACUCUCCACCGCCAUUGCGCAUCUGCGCCAGACGGAUGCGCGCUUCGACAAGCUCUUCGCCCUCGUGCCGCUGCGCCCGUUCCUGGAACUAGAGCGCAGCGAGGUGCGCGAGCUGGAUCUUUUCAAGACGCUCUGCACCAGCAUCCUUGGGCAGCAGAUCUCCUUCCUCGCGGCGAGGUCGGUGUUGUACAAGUUCUGCAGGCUUUUCCUGAUGCCGGAGCAGCCAGACUAUGAGGCGUUCCCGCGAGAGAAAUGGCCGUUUCCCACGCCGCACGAGGUGCUAGAGGCGAGCGAUGACACGCUCAGGGGAGCCGGCCUUAGCGGGCAAAAGGUCAAGUACAUACGCGAUGUCGCGAGGCGAUUCGCUGACGGGAGGCUAGACGCUAGGAAGUUGAUCGCAAUCGAGGAGGAGGAGGUGGUCAAGGAGCUCGUGCAGAUCAAGGGCGUCGGCCUCUGGACAGCCGAGAUGCUGCUGAUGUUUGCGCUGCGGCGCCCAAACGUCCUACCAGUGGGAGACCUAGGAAUUCAGCGCGGGAUGCUGCUGUUCUACCUCGCCUCGGCGCCGAAAGCCGACGAGGACGGCGAGCUGAUGCUCGCAGGCGUCAGCGUCAGCGAGAGGAAGCAGGCGCCAGAGAAGGUGGCCAAGCGCCGGCAAGGGGAGGCGCGGUGCCAGGACACAAGUGGCCCGAUCCCAGCGGCAUCUGGCCUGACGCCUGCGACCUUGCGUGCGAGAAAGGAUGGCAAGAAGGUCAAAGGCGCCUACCUGACGCCAGAGGAGAUGCGCGCGCUUGCACAGCCGUGGGAGCCGUACAGGAGCAUCGCGAGCUUUUUCAUGUAUGCGCUCAUUGAUGAUGCUCCCAGUAAGUGA